AUGAACAGCGUGUAUUUCCCUGCUCAUGUCGUUGUCCUCAUCAGGCGCCUCGUGAACGUUGUCUCAACACUUUCUAUUUCCAACCAUUACAUCUCCCGCAAGACGAACACGGACACACCACCUUACGACUAUUUAUUAUCGAAGCAACCGCUCAGUGCAUCCAAUAUCGUUGAAUGGCCAUGGCUGACACUGCGGAGCAACUGGGAUCGCGUUCUUACCGCUGCGGAUAGAAUGAACGGCGUAGCAGUGGUCCAGGAAGAGCAUAACAGACCCGGCUUGGUACUUCGGUCUACGCUCAACCUCCCCAAAUGGAUUCCUGGGCACUUGUCAUGGCCGAAUUUAUUCUCGAUAUUCCGGCCUGAAUUCAAUCUCCCUACUCCAGACGAAGAUCCACCACCCCGAACACCUCCUAAACCUCAAAGUAGCGAGGAGCCGCAGGAGCAGCCGCAAAAGAAGCAGCGGAAGCCCUUGAAGGAGCCGUUUAUCCCGCCCCAAUUACAGCGUACCCACCCAGCGGAUCUAAUACACCAACUUCUUGUCAAUCCCGCACUAUACGAUCCACUACGAACACCGCGGUAUCCUAUAGUUCUAUGCCAUGGCCUCUAUGGGUUCGAUUCGCGUGGGCCGUCAUCUUUCCCGAGUAUGCGAAUGCAUUACUGGUCAAAUGUCCUUCGGGUUCUCCGCGGCAAAGUUGGGGCUGAGGUGAUCGUGACAUCUGUGCCUGGGACCGGCUCUAUCCCUUCACGCGCCGCUAGACUAGAUGAACAACUGCGGAUCCAAGCUCGCGGUCGUGGCAUCAAUUUCCUUGCUCAUUCCAUGGGAGGACUGGACUGCCGACACCUCAUUUCGCAUAUUCGACCAAGCGAGUACAUCCCACUUUCAUUAACGACCAUUUGUACGCCUCACCGUGGAAGCCCAUUUAUGGAUUGGUGUGCGACAAAUAUUGGCAUUGGCAAAUUAAGGCAACAGGAGAAGGAACUGGCGGAAGAGCUCAGGAAAAGUCGUCAACGGCAUUCCAAGUCGCCAGAUGAGGACUUCGACAUUCAUCCAGACCCCAGCCCCUCUCUAGAAUCCAAGGAUGUCUCCACAGCGAAAUCAAAGAGAAACGAAGACUCUGGUUUCUCCUUUUCAUCCAUUUCAUCUCUUCCGUCUUCCUUCACCACCCUGCUCCUCUCCAUCGUCGACUCGCCUGCAUAUGCUAAUCUAACUUCACACUACCUCAACGAAGUGUUCAACCCUGCCACGCCAGACGACCCAGAUGUCAAGUAUUGGAGUGUCGCAGCACGCAUGUCAUCAAAGAGCGUCAACGUGUGGCAUCCUUUCUGGCUGCCCAAGAUGGUGCUCGACGGCAGCGAGGAAGCCGAGAGGGAGAAGUUGAAGAAGAAUUGGGAGGAGGAGAGCUCGCGUAGAGAGCAAAAUUGGGGCGAGAACGUUCCUCUGUGGGCGGACGAAAGGGAAUGGGGAAAUGAUGGUCUAGUUACAGUGCAGAGCGCGAAAUGGGGCGAAUUUUUGGGUAUUAUGGAGGGCUGCGACCAUUGGGAGAUGCGUGGGGCGAGAGGAAUCGAGUUUGGUGUUGAUCUCCCUGCUAUUCCAGCGAUUGGCCUCGGUGCAUUCCCAUACUCUACGUCGACAUCAAACUCGCGGCCAGCUGUACAAGCCCAAGGCGACGGAUGGGGCUUUGGCGACUGGACGCGCUUCGUUGGCGCUUGGAGGAAGAGCAAGGAGGACGCCGCAGCUGCCCAGAAGGCCGAGAAGGCUGGCACUGUGCAUGCGCUCCAUAAGCAUGGUGUAGAGCAGGCAAAAGUUCAUGCUAAAGCCAUGGGCAACGCUCCUUCUGCGACAUCGGCCUCAACAGCCUCUUCCUCACCCGUCCCUCCGUCUUCCUCCGGCUCGGAACUACCGAAGGAGGAGACACUGCGCGAGAAACGCGAACGAGACCGCCAAGCUGCGGAUGUCCUUCUCAAGGCGUCUACGGAGAAGCUCUCCGUCGUGUUUGACUGGCUCAUCGACCAGGUACCUGCCGUCCCGCUUAUUGCCGCUCCUUCGUCUAGUGACGCUCAGCUUGAGUCGAGUGCGAAGGUAAUGAACACGGAGAAGGCUAAGGCAGGCCUUGGUGAGGCCCGUGCGAUGACCGACAAAGAACUCGGCGCUGCAGCUGUGGUUCACACCGUCGGUCCCUCUUCUGGUGCUAGCUUUGACCCCACGAAGAGUCCAAGUCGCAAGGACUCUCCUCCCUCUGAGAUGAGGCGGCGGAUGGACCAGGAGGACAAAGGGCGGAAGAAGAACGAGCUGGCGACGAGGGAAGACCUGGAGAGGUUCUACGUCGCUCUUUCGAGGAAGAUGUAUGAUUCUGGGCUGUAG